CGACUGAGAAGCUGGAAUGGAUCGAUACACCUCUAAACUGUCUCCUGCUGUUGAUUAUGGUGCGGGGACGUACUUGCUGGUGGUUGCCUUCUUCUCCAUCCUGGGCAACGCAGCCGUCCUGGUAGCAGCCUCUUGGCGUCACAGUGAUCUCAAAGCUCCUGAGCUCCUCACGGUCAAUCUGGCCGUGACUGACAUUGGUAUGGCUCUCAGCAUGUACCCACUCUCAAUCGCCUCUGCCUUCAACCACGCCUGGAUUGGAGGUGACCCUUCCUGCCUGUACUAUGGCCUGAUGGGAAUGAUCUUCAGCGUGGCCAGCAUCGUGACUCUGGCCGCUAUGGGGUUAGUGAGAUAUCUGGUGACAGGAAACCCUCCGAAAUCAGGAAGCAAGUUUCAAAGAAAAACUAUAAGUAUAUGGAUUGGUGUCAUCUGGCUUUACUCACUGCUGUGGGCAGUGUUUCCUCUUCUGGGAUGGGGAGGAUAUGGGCCGGAACCCUACGGUUUGGCCUGUUCGGUGGACUGGGCCGAGUAUCAGCACUCUUUAAACGGCUCUUCGUUCAUUAUGUCUUUGGCCAUCCUGUGCACCCUGAUCCCAUGUGGAGUCAUCCUGUUCUCCUACGCUGGCAUCGCCUGGAAGCUCCACAAGGCUUAUCAGUCCAUCCAGAGCAAUGAUAACCUGCCCAACUCAGGGGCCGUUGAGAGAAAAGUCACUCUGAUGGGUAUCCUGAUCAGCGCUGGCUUUAUUGUGUCCUGGACGCCCUAUGUGUUCAUUAGUCUCUGGACCAUGUUUCACUCCGAGGGCAAAGACAGCAUGGCGCCCAUUGUUAGCUUGCUACCCUGCCUCUUCGCAAAAUGCUCAACGGCGUACAACCCUUUUGUCUACUACGUUUUCCGCAAAUCUUUCCGCCGAGAGCUACGACAAAUCUGGAUGUGUUGUUACCAAGGCUGCUGGGAUGCUGUGAGCAAAAUGACAGGAAGAGAACGCUCAGAGGAAAAUAGCGGGGCACAAAAGACAGGAGAAGAGUGA